AUGCCUUCUUUCCACUCUGUGGCAGGUGAGCAGCAUCAUGCAUCAUGGCGCCUCAUCCAGCCGGAGAAAAAGCAGUGCCCCCAGACGUCGGCCGCCACUGCCGUCGACGUCACAGCCAUCGACGUCACAGCCACCACCACGACUGCCGUCACAGCCACCGUCACAGCCAUCGACGUCACAGCCACCACCACGACUGCCGUCACAGCCAUCGACGUCACAGCCAUCGACGUCACAGCCAUCGACGUCACAGCCACCACCACGACUGCCGUCACAGCCACCGUCACAGCCAUCGACGUCACAGCCACCACCACGACCACCGCCACGACUGUCGUCACGGCGGCCGUCACAGCCACCGUCACGACCGCCAUCACGGCCGCCGUCUCGACCGCCAUCACAGCCGACCCCCUCCACUUCACGCCUGCCAAGGCCCGCACCUCCCAGGAGGAGGAGGAGGUUUCGUCCGGGCACCAGGGCCCUGCAGGAGAUCAGAAAGUACCAGAGGACGACCAAUCUUCUCAUCCCCAAAGCGCCGUUUUGUCGCCUGGUGAGGUCCGUGAGGUGUGUCAGAAGAUGGGCAGAGGGUCUCUCAGGUGGCAGGUGACGGCUCUGAUGGCCAUGCAGGAGGCAGCUGAGGCCUUCCUGGUCAUGGUGUUGUCCGACGCCUACUUGUGCACCUUACACGCCAACAGGGUCACCUUAUUCAACAAAGACGUGCAGCUGGCCCGCAGGAUCCGAGGAAUAGAUGACAUUUAAAUAUUUUCUGUU